GGGCUCGGGGAGAGAAGGGAUCUUGAGCAGCCACUGGGUACCCCCUUCCCUUCCAGGUGAAGUAAGGCUGAGCCAGAUGGCUGGAUCCCUCUGCCUGCCUCUAACGGGAGUGUGUGCCGGGUGGGCAGGCAGGCCGACCGGCCGAUCUGGGCUCCCCCAGAAUAGGCUAGAGGGGGAUAGGCCAGGGAGGGCCCGCUCGUACCCAGCUUGGGGGGCUGCCUUGGGGUUUGGCCGAGGAGCCGCAUGGGACGGGGGCUUUGAGCAGGUCCAUUAGGCGGUGAGGGAGUUGGGAUAAACUCUUUUCUGAGCCCUAGUGGCUCCAAGUCUAGGAAUCUCGCAGGCUUGCUGCUCCCCUGUAGGCGACGGUAGCAUUCAGCACCAGAGACAGCGUCGGGACAGCCCCGCUCCGCGGGGGGUGGGGGGGAGGUAGGAUGGGGGCCUGCUAAACCCCCAGAGAGCUCGGGAGGUCACUGCCCUUUGCAAGGACUUGUCUUGGUGGAUGGGGCGAGGGCUGAGCUGGAAAAUUAAAGUUCUGCCCCCUCCCUCUCCCGGGAGAGCAGCCUGCUCCUGACCACCGGGGAAAGGGUGCUUCUGGGCGCCCCUGCGGCUCCUCGGUCGGAGGGGGGGGGGGGGGGGGGCUUACUCCAGCAGGGCUCGGGGCUGCCUGCCGCGGGGCCGGGCGGGGCCUGUGCUGCCAUCUGGAGACCGCAGUGGCUUCCACAGGCACAGUCUGGGCGCGGGAGCGGGCGCAGCAGCAGCAGCAGCGCGGGCGUGAUCGCACGCCCGGGCUGGCUGGAGUGAGCGCUGGGGUGGCCGCCUCCGCGCUGCCCCUGCACAUGGCUCUGGCCCGCGGCGGGGGUCACCCAGAACCCACGGGAGCUGCCUGUCCACCUCCUUCCCCCAGCUCCAAGCCAUGUCGUUUACUGGAGCCUCAGACCGCAGCGUCCCGGCCACCAAGAUCGAGAUCACCGUGUCUUGCCGGAAUCUGCUGGAUCUCGACACCUUUUCCAAGUCCGACCCCAUGGUGGUGCUCUUCACGCAAACUAGAGCCAGCCAAGAGUGGCGGGAGUUCGGCCGGACCGAGGUAAUCGACAACACGCUGAACCCGGAUUUCCUCCGCAAAUUUGUGCUGGAUUACUUCUUUGAAGAAAAACAGAACCUGCGCUUUGAUGUGUACAACGUGGACUCGAAAACCAACAUCUCCAAGCCGAAGGAUUUCUUGGGACAGGCAUUCCUAGCACUGGGAGAAGUCAUUGGAGGGCAGGGAAGUCGUGUGGAACGUCCACUCACGGGUGUUCCUGGGAAGAAGUGUGGAAGCAUUCUGCUGACCGCAGAGGAGCUCAGUAAUUGCCGGGACAUAGCCACAAUGCAGCUCUGUGCCAACAAGCUAGACAAGAAGGAUUUCUUUGGCAAGUCUGAUCCUUUCCUAGUCUUCUACCGGAGCAAUGAGGAUGGCACGUUCACCAUCUGCCACAAGACUGAGGUAGUGAAGAACACACUGAAUCCUGUGUGGCAGCCCUUCACCAUCCCUGUGCGGGCCCUCUGCAAUGGAGACUAUGACAGGACGGUGAAGAUAGAUGUAUAUGACUGGGACCGGGAUGGAAGCCAUGACUUCAUUGGAGAGUUCACUACUAGUUACAGGGAACUAACAAAGGCUCAAAGUCAGUUCACGGUAUAUGAGGUUCUCAACCCCCGGAAGAAAUGUAAGAAAAAGAAAUAUGUCAAUUCAGGGACGGUGACACUGCUCUCCUUCACUGUGGAUUCUGAAUUCACCUUUGUUGAUUAUAUCAAGGGAGGGACCCAGCUGAACUUCACUGUGGCCAUAGACUUCACAGCCUCCAAUGGGAACCCACUGCAGCCCACAUCUCUGCACUACAUGAGCCCCUACCAGCUCAGUGCUUAUGCCAUGGCACUCAAGGCCGUAGGGGAAAUCAUCCAGGACUACGACAGCGACAAGCUCUUCCCUGCUUAUGGUUUUGGAGCCAAGCUGCCCCCCGAGGGACGCAUCUCCCACCAGUUCCCUCUGAACAACAACUCUGAGGACCCAAAUUGUGCAGGCAUUGAGGGUGUCCUGGAGAGUUACUUCCAGAGCCUUCGGACUGUCCAGCUCUAUGGUCCCACCUACUUUGCUCCAGUUAUCAACCAGGUGGCCCGAGCUGCAGCAAAGGUCUCUGAUGGCUCCCAGUACUAUGUGUUGCUCAUCAUCACAGAUGGGGUGAUCUCAGAUAUGACACAGACUAAGGAGGCCAUUGUCAGUGCCUCCUCAUUGCCCAUGUCUAUCAUCAUUGUUGGGGUGGGGCCAGCCAUGUUUGAAGCAAUGGAAGAACUCGAUGGAGACGAUGUCCGUGUGUCUUCUCGUGGGCGCUAUGCAGAGAGAGACAUCGUUCAGUUUGUGCCAUUCCGAGACUACAUUGACCGCUCUGGGAACCAAGUGCUGAGCAUGGCAAGACUGGCAAAAGAUGUGCUGGCUGAGAUCCCAGAACAGCUGCUCUCAUACAUGCGUACCCAUGACAUUCAGCCUCGGCCUGCCCCCAAUGCGGACCCCAGCCCCACGGCCCUGGGGCCCUGAGAGGCUGGUCCGUCUGCCCUAUCGCUUCCUGUGUAGUCACCUCGAGGGCUGGGUUGAGCUGGGCUGGGCCCAGCUCCAUGUCCCAGAGCUGAGUGAAAGGGUCAGCUUCAUACCAAGCUAGGAACCUGCCUCCAGAGGGUGGGUGGGACUGACUGAGAAAGGCAUGCCACCUCCUUCCCCCAAGCCCAACCCCCAAGCCAACUGAGAGUCCCGCUACCAUAGAGCCCUUCCGCCAAUAAUAAAGCUGAGCUUUACCCUCA